GCGGCUAAAGGCAACAUCGCCGUAAUCGAAUUUUUACUCCGACAUAACGCAAACAUUUCUUCUGUUGAUGAAGUGCAGCGAAAUUGUCUCCAUUUCGCCGUUCAAAAUGGCCACAUACAAUUAGUUCAAUAUUUACUACGAGUAAGUUUUAAAAAAACCAAUAAAGAUGGCUGGACCGCUUUGCAUAUUGCAGCUGCUAACGGCUACUUUGAAGCUACCAAAUUGCUGAUCCAUAAAGGAGCUUCAGUAAACAUAUACAACCAUCAGUAUAAAACGCCAUUUUUCCUAGCAAGUUUAUACGGGCAUUUACCCAUUAUGACAUUGCUAAUAGACGUAGGUUCCGAUGUUGAUGCUGUCGAUCAUACCAAGAAAACACCGUUAAUGUGUGCUGCUGCAAAAGGCCAUAUCGCGGUAAUUGACUACUUAUUCCGGCAUAAUGCUAGUAUUUCUUCCGUCGAUGAAGUACAUCGAAAUUGUCUUCAUCUCGCUGUUCAAAAUGGCCAUGUGCAGCUAAUUCAACAUUUAAUACGAGUAAGUUAUCUACAAAUAUAUGGUUACUAA